CUCGGUGAAAGGCGGAGGAGCGGCGGCUGCCCGAGCUGCACACAGCAACGCGCUCCUUCCCGCUCCCCCACACCGGCAUCGGCCCGCUCACCGGCUGUAGAAAAUGGUGAAAGAAACCACUUACUAUGAUGUUUUGGGGGUCAAACCCAAUGCCACCCAAGAAGAAUUGAAAAAGGCUUACAGGAAACUGGCCUUGAAGUACCACCCUGAUAAGAAUCCAAAUGAAGGCGAGAAGUUUAAACAGAUUUCUCAAGCUUACGAAGUGCUCUCUGAUGCAAAGAAAAGGGAAUUAUAUGACAAAGGAGGAGAACAGGCAAUUAAAGAAGGUGGAGCAGGUGGUGGUUUUGGCUCCCCCAUGGACAUCUUUGAUAUGUUUUUCGGAGGAGGAGGCAGGAUGCAGAGAGAGAGGAGAGGUAAAAACGUUGUGCAUCAACUUACAGUAACUUUAGAAGAUUUAUAUAAUGGUGCAACAAGAAAACUAGCUCUGCAAAAGAAUGUGAUUUGUGACAAAUGUGAAGGCCGAGGUGGUAAGAAAGGAGCAGUAGAAUGCUGUCCCAAUUGCCGAGGUACUGGAAUGCAAAUAAGAAUUCAUCAGAUAGGACCUGGAAUGGUUCAGCAAAUUCAGUCUGUGUGCAUGGAGUGCCAGGGCCAUGGGGAGCGGAUCAGUCCUAAAGAUAGAUGUAAAAGCUGCAACGGAAGGAAGAUAGUUCGAGAAAAGAAAAUUCUAGAAGUUCAUAUUGACAAAGGCAUGAAAGAUGGCCAGAAGAUAACAUUCCAUGGUGAAGGAGACCAAGAACCGGGACUGGAGCCAGGAGAUAUUAUCAUUGUUUUAGAUCAGAAGGACCAUGCUGUUUUUACGCGACGAGGAGAAGACCUUUUCAUGUGUAUGGACAUACAGCUGGUUGAGGCAUUGUGUGGCUUCCAGAAGCCAAUAUCUACUCUUGACAACCGAACCAUAGUCAUCACUUCUCAUCCAGGUCAGAUUGUCAAGCAUGGAGAUAUCAAGUGUGUGCUAAAUGAAGGCAUGCCAAUUUACCGUAGGCCAUAUGAAAAGGGUCGCCUAAUCAUUGAAUUUAAGGUAAACUUUCCUGAGAAUGGCUUUCUCUCUCCUGAUAAACUCUCUUUGCUGGAAAAACUUCUGCCUGAGAGGAAGGAAGUAGAAGAGACUGAUGAAAUGGACCAGGUAGAAUUAGUGGACUUUGAUCCAAAUCAGGAAAGACGGCGCCAUUACAAUGGAGAAGCAUAUGAGGAUGAUGAACAUCAUCCUCGGGGUGGUGUUCAGUGUCAGACCUCUUAGUAGGGCCUGUGAAUAACACUCACUGCUGGUGUUUUAUUUGCAGUAGUGAUUGAGUG